AUGGCACUUAACUUCCUUUCUCGUAGAUCGUUGAAGGGUGAGAAGGCCACCCUCGGUACUUCGUUCGGGUCACACUUCACACCUCUUGGAUUCAUUCAACUCUUCUUGCGCUUCUUCCAAUUUGUACUCGGCAUCACCGUGAUCGCGCUCUAUGCCAUCGACCUGGACAAUGCCCGGAAAGCUGGAAAAUACACAGACUCAAAGUGGGUCUGGGCUGUCGUCUGCGGCACUCUGGGUGCCAUCAUGGCGCUCGUCGCCAUGCUCCCUUCAGUGAAGACCUGGUUCUUCUUCUUCGUUGACUUCUUCGUCUUCAUCUGCUAUCUUAUCGCGUUUGGCAUCUUCGGCAAGAUGUAUAUUCCAGAGAACGCUGAGGGCAACGGUGGCAUUACGCGCAUGAAGAACGCAGUCUGGGUGCUGUUGAUGAACAUGCUUCUAUGGUUCAUCACUGCGGCAUGGGGUGGCAUUGCUUUCUGGAGGAAUCGCAGUGCACGUACAACUCACACCGGACGUGCCAACACGCACGUCUAA